CAAAACUAAAACACCAGAAAACAAUUGAGACAUUAUUUCAAUUGAAUCGUGUACAUUCACUACAAAUGGGAAGAGUUCAACUUAAUUUCCUCGUCUUCGUUGUUGUUGCGUCCAUGACAGUUAUAGAACUCUCGAUUGCCGGAGGUGAAGGUUCUGUACCAAUCGAACAAUGCCCUUCCGCGUGUUCAAUUCGCUGUUCUGCAACACACCAUCGUAGUCAUUGUAUGGAUGUAUGCGUAGACUGUUGUGGAAAGUGCUUAUGUGUUCCUUCUGGUACUAUUGGAAACAAAGAUGAGUGUCCGUGCUAUAGAGACUUGAAAACCAAGGAUGGACAACCUAAAUGUCCUUAAAACCCAAAAGGCAUAAAUGUAACACCCUUUCUUUAAGUUUUUGUAUUUUUCAUUUAUGAAAAGAUAAAUAAUUACUAUAUCUUUUAGUUUGAGACAAACUUCAUGUGUAUUCGUUGUCAUUUUCUUUUUCCUACCGACAU